CUUCAAUUUUCCCUGCGAUCGUGAUGCUUUUCGCUGGCGGCUGGAGUGAUCGCUAUAAUAAACGCAAGGCCUGUAUGAUAUUCCCCAUUAUCGGUGACAUUUUCAUGUAUGUGUUUUUAUUAGUAUCGGCAAUAUUUUUCGAUAAACUCCCAAUGGAAUUUGGAGCAUACAGUGAGGCAAUUGUCCCAAGCAUGUUUGGUGGAUACACUUUACUCUUCAUGGCCAUUGAUAGUUAUAUGACAAUAUCGACUCCGGAAGCAGAUCGUGUAUUUAGGUUCGGCAUUUAUAGUGUGUGUAACACCGUCAUACCCUUAAUAGGUCAACCCGUGAGUGGGACACUCUUCAAGUAUCUAGGCUAUACAUGGUCCUUUAUCUUCGCCUUGUCCAUCGACAUCAUUGGCUUGCUCUAUGUUAUAUUCAUAAUCAAAGAACUCAAGCCACUGGCAACGAAGACGGACACCGCAGAUGCCUCGCCUAAAACUGGUACGGAAAAUCCCGCCUAUGAAGUAACGCAACUAGAAGAUCUGCCCACUGCACCAAGACACAAAAACAAUGUCAUUGAUACCGUGGACAAAUCUCCAAGCUCAAAACCCGCAAAACGUAAUGCCCUUUUGGAUUUCUUUGAUCCCACAUUUGCUGUGGAUUAUGUGAAAUUUCCAUUGAAAAAACGUCCAAAUCGUGGUCGUAUGCUUUUGCUGCUUUUAAUUAUGGCCGAGAUUUUUAUUAUUUUUCCGGCAGUCGGAGAGAGUGAGUUCUGGAAAAGUUUUACAUUUAAAAAACUGAAUUGGAAUGGCGAUGACUAUAGCGCCUACUCAACAUUUAAUUCGGCCUUGACUGUGGUGGGUACCCUUAUUGGAACUACCAUUUUUAGUAAAUUGCUGAAACUUUCCGAUGCCUUGAUAGGUAUUGUAGCCACCCUGUUUACAGCCUUAUCGAGAGUGAUUUUUGGAUUUGCCAGUAACACUGCCACAUUUUAUGCUGGUGCUGUAGCAGAUGCUUUUGGCGCCUUGCCUGGUAUUGCCAUUAAGACAAUGGGUUCAAGUAUUGUGGAUGCCAAUGACCUGAGUAAAAUGUUCUCACUAUUCAGAAUCUGUAUUCCAUUCGCCCAAAUGUGUUUCGUACGCAUCUAUAGUUCUAUAUAUGAAAAUACUGUAAAUUCAUUCCCCGGUACAAUUUUCCUCUUCAGCGUAGUGUUUGCGAUAUCCAGCAUCAUUGUCUUUAUACGUCGUAACGCCCAGAUGCCAGAAGCCGAUACAGCUGGCAAAGUGGAAAAUGGCCAUAAAAAUGGUAAUAAUGCUGCCAUACAAAACGGAGGUUCCGAAAUAACCAGUCUGUAG